UCUGUCCUGUGAACUCAUUGUGGGUGCUGUGUGCGUCCUGUGCUGAGGCUGGCUCCCUUUAUAAUCCUUCAGGAAGUCAGUUUAGAUAUAUCCAUCAGCCAUCGUUAUGGCCCGUCAUCGACGUGUCACCUUCGAGUCUUCAAGCUCGUCAGAAUCAGACUCUGAUUCUGACUUUUCUUCAGCCUCAUCGCGCAAACCCUCCCCUGCUCCUCCAGGAGAGAAAUCUGCUCCCAGUGCCGAGCCCUUGGAAGGGAAAAAGCGUAUGCGCAAGUCGUCAAUCAACAAGACGAAGAGUUUAAAGCCUCCUCGGUCGAAAAAAAAGGACGAUCAGGAGACAAGCCACACAGAACACACCCAGGACCCGGGAGAGGUACACCUCAGUGGAGUGCAACAAGUCCUCAUUACUACCAUUUGCGCAACUGAUCUCACCCUUGGUCUCCGAUGGAUUCCUGCUGGGUUCUAUGCAGUGGUCAAGGUUGAUGGUGCUGAAUACCAGACAAGCAACAAGCCUGUAAACGUAGACCAGGCUGUCGUCGAAUGGCACGAGCGCAUUCUUCUGCCACGCGAGUCACCCUCUAAAGUUCGGGUCAGCGUGUAUGCCUCAUUUGAAUCGAGUCCCAUGCUCUGUCACGGAGAACUCCUCCGCACAUUCGAGAUCUCCGUCGGAGAACUACUGGAUCGCAGCGAGAAAUCGCAUCCCAUAAUCUUUGAGCCAAAGGAGGAGGAAGUCGUAUCCGCUUGUACUUCACUGUUCAUGACAGUGGAGCAGCGACUGCCUGAUCAAAAUGAUAUUGCAGGUCUAUGCCCCCUUACUACCGUCAUAUCAGGCGAUAUGGAUUCGUUAGCACUAGAGACUGAUGCCGGACAUCGUCAUCUCGUACAAUACCGCAGGACGCAGAGCAGUAGGGAUCUCGACCAAUCCAUAAACCACUUUGAACGCGCGUUGGAUCUCUGUCCCAUGGACCAUCCCUACCGCCCUGCAGCACUCUUCAACCUAGCCAGCGCAAAGUUUAUUAGUUGCCAAGCUAAUGGGAUAUACCUCGACGUCAACAUUCCUAUCUCUCUUUUUCAACGUGCCCUUGAUUCGCGUCCCAUGGGUCAUCCAGACCGACCUACCACUCAACUCCAUCUUGCCAUUUCUCUGCUCUCUCGCUUCGCGAAACACGGCUUUCAAACAGAUGCCGACACAGCUAAAAAGUUACUGAGCGAAGUCCUCGAU